UUUUAAGGAGGAUUUAGGUUUCAUCUGUUUUCAUCAUUUCUCUCUUGUGCUGCGCCGCCUCCGGUCGUCUCGUUCUCCGUCUCAACCUUCAAUCGUCCCCGGAUAGGGUAUUGUUUUUUGGUUCUGUUACAAUUCAGGAAAAUGACUGAAGCCAUUGUUCCUGAGUCGGUGUUGAAGAAGCAAAAGAGGCAAGGGCAAUGGGAGCUUGCCAAGAAACAAGAGCUCGAGGCUGAUAAAAAGAAAAAUGCUGAGAACCGGAAGCUCAUUUUCAACCGAGCUAUGAACUAUGAUAAGGAGUACAAGGAGAAGGAAAGGGAAUUGAUCCAGCUGAAGCGUGAAGCAAAGUUGAAAGGAGGCUUUUAUGUGGAUCCCGAGGCAAAACUGCUCUUCAUUGUCCGUAUCAGAGGUAUCAAUGCUAUUGACCCGAAGACUCGGAAGAUUUUGCAGCUUUUGCGUUUGAGACAGAUCUUCAAUGGUGUCUUUCUGAAGGUUAACAAGGCAACUAUGAACAUGCUUCACCGGGUUGAGCCUUAUGUGACCUAUGGAUACCCCAACCUGAAGAGUGUGAAGGAAUUGAUUUACAAAAGAGGAUAUGGAAAGCUGAACCACCAGAGGAUUGCUUUGACAGACAACUCUAUCAUCGAACAGGCGCUGGGGAAACAUGGGAUAAUAUGCACGGAGGAUCUCAUCCACGAGAUAAUGACGGUCGGUCCUCACUUCAAGGAAGCCAACAACUUUCUGUGGCCAUUCCAGCUCAAGGCUCCGCUCGGGGGGCUGAAGAAGAAGAGGAACCACUAUGUUGAAGGAGGAGAUGCCGGGAACAGAGAGAACUACAUCAACGAGCUCAUCCGCAGAAUGAACUAAUACCAUAAUAAGCUCUCUUUCUCCUUACUCAUAUUAUUACCUUCACAUAGGUUCUAUGCGUUUAGGCCGUGAAAGAUUGUUUUUUUUUGUUUUUUUUUUUUUGUUAUCUCUGGAAUUUUGGCUGUGUUCUCUGACUUGUUUGGCCUCUAGGAGAGCUACCAUUUUAUUUAAUUCGGUGGAACCAAAUUUUGAAAUCGUGUUUUGACGUAUGAAUGUAUAUGCCAAUGCAGAUCA